AGCACCUUGUGGAGUGAGGAUAAGCGGAGUAAGGAUAGGACACAGUAGUCCUUCAGGAGACCUAUUCUGAGAAUGAGUAAAGUACCUAUCCUGGGCAGAAGUUGAAGACCCAUCCUAGGCAAGAGAAAAGGACCCAUCCUGGAGAGGAGUUAAGGACCUAUCCCCUGCAGGUGAAAAGGACCCAUCAUGGGCAGGAGUUAAGGACCCAUCCUGGGCAGGGAAUAAGGACCCAUCCUGGGUAUUAGUUAAGGACCCAUCCAGAGAAGGAGAUAACAAUUCCUGAAUCCUUGCCCUCCCUAACUUCCACCUGCGAUCGGUACUGCCUCUUCCCUACUCUAUUUCUCUCGUUCUUGCUCUGACGAAUUUCAGUCAGUGAAACAGCCACUAAACAGCUCCAGCCGCUUAACAGCUCCAGAAACAGCCACUGAAUCAAGCAAUUAAACAGAGUGAACUCGAGGCACUGUCUUCAGAUUGAGGAGAGGAGCAGUAUGUAUCGAGUUGAGCUUCACGGAGCAUCAGAAUGUGGUAAUCCUCCGUUGCUGAGGCUUCAAUUACCACUGCUUCAUUAGCGUGGCUGUUUACCUCUGCAAGCGAAGAUUACAAGUGGCAAAUCUCCAGUGCCAAUACUGUUAACGCUAGUGGUGCCACCCACACGCCACCAGCAUCACUCACAAGAUCAACCCCACCACCAGCAUCAGCUCCACGAUCUACUCUACCACCCACAACCACCACCAUCAGUGCUACCACCCACCACCACCACUAUCAAUGCUACCACCCACCACCACCACCACCACCAUCAAUGCAACCACCCACCACCAGUAGCAUCAUUAACUCUACCGGUGCCACCAAUACCCCUUGUGUCAACAAGACCUCAAACAGUGACAUUAUAAUACAUACUACCACCAUCCCAAACAACGCUACUGCUACUACCAGCAUUGGUACCAUCACCAGUCUAGCUAGUUCCACUCUUAACACAUCAACCAACAACAACAAAGCUCAAUAAAGCUCACAAUUCUACCUUGUAGCGAUUCCGAAGGUAUGAUGGCUCAGCAGAGAUGAAGACACAUCUCUGAGAGCGCUCCGCAACCACAAGAAAUUGAACAUAGAAUUUUACAAAAACAAGUGUCACUUAUUUUUCUUGGUCGAGUGACCUACACGAUGCACAGCGUAGUAGUUAAACUCUUGAAACUGCCCAUUUGUGUUAGAAUGUUGAAUCUCUUGUCUCGCAAAGCAAAAGUGUUUACAAGUGACUCUAAACCUCUUAUAUACAGAAAUAUUUAAUUCUUCUGACCUCAGAUUUAUUACUUCCACAACUGAAAAUCAACUCACAUUCUCUCAAAUUGAUAGUUUUAUUUUAAAAAAUCCAUUUACUAAAAGCUUUAUAAUUAUUUACAGAAAACAAAGUGACCAUAAAACAUGCCAUUAUGACCGGGUUUUGAAAAAAAAUAGAUAAUAUACCAAGGUCUUAACAGUAAUUUCUGAAGGGAAUCAAAAAGGGUUUCCAAAAACUCCGUUGUGACUCGAAGUGGUCUUACAAGUACUUAAAAUUCGUUCUUAAUACUCCUAACCCCCUCCCCCUAAAAAAAAUAAAAAAUAAAAAAUAAAAAAAACAAAAAAAAUGCAAAACAGUAAGAAUUCAACAUAGAAAACCAAAAUAAAUAACAAGAAAAAACCCCAGACAGUGUACAGCAAGAACAAACUCUGACGGCCGAACACAAGUACCUCUUACAUUACUAAUAUAAGUAUGCCAAGAGAAGACAAGUAAAGAGUCUUAUCUGUCCAGAGUUAAGGAGGUUGUCGGGUCACAUCCCAGCACCUUGUCUAGAGGUUCUCAGCUAUAUUCUGAAAUUCUACAGUAAUAUUCCGAGAUUCUCAGCUGUAUUCCGAGAUUCUUGAGUUUUGUUCUAACGUUCACCACUUAUAUUGACUAGGUGUUAAGCUUAUGCAAUAAUAACCUUAGGCCUAGUAAAAAAAAAAGUAGAAUAAAUAGCGAGGCAGCUUUGAAAGAUGCCUAGAUGUGAAUUAUCCUUUGCAGUAUAUUUCAAACACGAAAAUAGUUUCCCAAACGAACUCAUUAAUGCGCAGCACUAACUUCUGAAGGCUCGAUCCUCCGUCAAACGAAUGUAGCACCGCAUACAACAGAAUUUACUAGAUAUCCUAGCAAGACGAGCCCCUGAGAACACAUAAACAACACUUCUUUCCUGAUACACACAGUCGAGGUAUUGCAGCUAAACACUGAAUCGUUAUUAAGAUAAUUGAAAUCCUUACCGACCGUAAAUAAGAGGAAUUCACCAAUGUUAUCUGCUCAAGUAAUAUCAAGAAAACUGACAUUUUAGAAAGGAAAUUAGACAUCUUGAGUUAACAAAGAAAGUCGACAAGGAACAAUAUUGCGGCAGGCGGACCUGAGGACCACAGAAUACACUGUUCUGCUUUAGUCCCUGGAACGUCGAUCUCAAAAAAAAAAAGGUCCCAUGACACUGUAGAAUGCAGUGAUAACCGGACCGUUGAUGUAAGACGCUUUACCGUACAUCAAUCCGUGCAUCACUACGGGGGUUGAUCCCGCAAGGACACGUUCCUGUACUUGGGAUUGACAACUAGUAGACAACUAGUAGAGGACGUCAAAGACCACUCAGAGGCUAUCUACUGAGAGCUGUCUACUUUUACCUACAUUUACGAUUAUUGUGUAUUAUAUAGGUGAGUGAAUCAAUGAUAGAAAAUCAGAAGGCUCUCUUUCUCGGUCACACUAAACAAGGACCCACUGAGGGACAUCAAUCUGCGCAUCACUGCUAAAGUUGCACAUCAACUUGUGCGUCACUGCUGGGGGGUUGCAUCAACCAGUGGGACAACCGCCCACAUGAUGUCCGAGGGGAGUGAAGAACUCUUCCAGCGCCUUCAGGAACUGGAGGCGUUUAUCUCCAGGGAGGAGCUGGCCUCCAUCCUGCCCAACCUGACGCGGGAGCAAGCAUCCUACCUCCUGCACCUCCUGCCAGCCCUCAACAACGAUUCCAGGAACCUGGAUGAUAUCAUGCCCAGCGCUGACCACGCCUUCUGUGAUGUCGGCUUCAGAGAUGGCUACAAGGAGGUGCACGGCUACCUAGCGCUGAUGAUCUGCGUGGUGGGGGCGUUCACCAACAUCCUCAACAUGAUCAUCCUGACGAGACGCGAGAUGAUCAACUCUACCAACACCAUCCUGACGGGGCUGGCCGUGGCCGACUUCCUGCUGCUGCUGGAGUACUCCUUCUACGCUGCUUCCUACAUCAAAGGACAGGACAACCUGUUCGACAGCUACGCCCACUCAGUCUUCAUCCUCUUCCACGCCCACUAUACGCAGGUGACGCACACGAUAGCCAUCUGCCUGACAAUAACGCUAGCAGUGUGGCGAUACAUUGCUAUAUGUAAGCCCCAUCUCAACCUGUUUCUGUGUACGCUGCCUCGAGCCCGCAUCGCCGUGGUGGUCGCCUACAUCGUGUCUCCGGUACUCUCAGUGCCCAACUAUCUUAUGUACUCCAUACGACAGCGGCACGACAGACACAGCAACUCGUCCCUGUACCACGUGGACUUCAGUGAGAGAGCCCAGGCAUCCAACAGCCUCUUACAGAGUAUACACUUCUGGUUCCAUAGCGUCCUCAUCAAGAUCAUCCCCUGCCUCCUUCUUACCUAUUUCAUCUACCACAUUAUCAGCGCUAUGUAUACCGCCAAGAGGCGCAAGGAGAACUUGAUCAAGAUGAGCACGCCAUCUAUGGAGACAGAGAGAAAGCUUCCUCGCAUGGAGAAGCUAACGGAGAAGACAACGAGAAUGUUACUGACGGUGCUGCUGCUGUUCCUAGCCACCGAGCUGCCCCAGGGCAUCCUCUCCCUCCUCUCAGCCAUCUACGGCCACUCUUUCUUCAGAAAGUGCUACCUACACUGGGGAGAGGUGAUGGACCUCCUCGCCCUCAUCAACGGAGCCCUCAACUUCCUCCUCUACUACAUCAUGUCCCAUCAAUUCCGCGUCACAUUUAGAUUCCUCCUGUCGCCGCCUCCACCCGUCAACCUGUCACCCAGGCUGCCGGGAGAGACGGUUUCCACCCAACUCUAGUGACAUACAUGUCUUGUUAUGGUUAUUAUCAUUAUUAUUAUUAUUAUUAUUAUUAUUAUUAUUAUUCGAGGCAAGGAGUGGUGGAGGCUCGAUCCUCCAUCCACUGAGCACGAAAGACAAGACACGCUACCUUACUGUAGCACUCACCUAGAUGAUCCCAAGGUGCAAUCUAGGAGAAAGACCGUUGCAAGGUCUCAGACCUAAAUGUGUCCACACGGUGUUUCUCUAGAAUAGAUUCCUUUGUGCAGUAGUGGUGGAACCCAGAAGCCUUCCUUUAACGGGACCUAGGAGCUUUCAAUAGGACCCCGAAUUCUUCAGUAGGACUCAGAAGCCUUCAACGGGACCCCCCCCCCCC